ACAGGAGUGUACAUGCGCAAAUGCUGGUCGUUUUACAUGGGUAGCUAACAGAAGACCAAUCCUAACUGAAAGCGCAGCUCGCGUAUAAUGGCACACUGUUUGCUGUCUACGUUUUAUACGUUGCGACACUGUACAACUUAACGACCUGCGGAUUUCGAAAUGUAGAUAUUCUUCGCAGUUAACAGCUCACAGCAUGAACCUUAGUUCCCUGAUUAUAGCAAACCUUCCAAGCUACAGCUGGCAGUGACAACUUAUAUCGCCUAGCGCUUUAUAGACACUGUUUAGAUAUUUGCAACUAGUUUAAACAAACAACAGCAUAUAUCAGCGUUUACAAAGAAGUCACGUCAUUAUGUGAUUUUGACAACAAUGCUUGAGACUGAUUUGUUCCUGGAUGGUGCAUCUACACGCCAUUUGCGCUCAUGACAGCACACAACGUGCAACCUCGCACCACUACAACUGGCGGCCGUUUCGACUUCGACGAUGGAGGCACGUACUGCGGAGGCUGGGAGGACGGGAAGGCUCAUGGGCACGGAGUGUGCACGGGCCCCAAGGGACAGGGCGAGUACAGUGGAUCAUGGCACUUCGGAUUCGAAGUUUCAGGAGUGUACACUUGGCCCAGCGGCAGCAUCUUCGAAGGCCAGUGGCAAAACGGCAAACGCCAUGGACUAGGAGUAGAGACUCGUAACCGUUGGGUGUACCGCGGGGAGUGGACCCAGGGAAUGAAGGGUCGCUAUGGUGUUCGACAGUCCCUCACCUCUGGUGCCAAAUACGAAGGAACGUGGGCAAAUGGUCUUCAGGAUGGGUACGGUUCCGAGUCUUAUGCUGAUGGAGGUAUUUAUCAAGGUCAGUGGCUCAGGGGAUUACGACAUGGUUAUGGGGUUCGUACUAGCGCUCCCUUUGGACUGGCCUCUCUUUUCCGUCCGAAGCAUAUUCAAGCAUCGACGACAUCACUCCGCAGUGAGCAUGUUGAUCCAGCCAGCGAAAGAGAUCGAAAGAUUGACGACUGUCGUGGUGGUUUCGUCUUAAAAACGAAAAGUGACGAACCUCCACCCCGGCGACGUUCUCUGGUGGAAAAGUCAGCAAACCUAAAAAAGUCGAUUCUUCAGGGUUUGAAACUUAAGAAACAACGAAGUACUGGAGAUAUUGACAGAAAAGGUGUUUCCGGUUCUGUCCGGAGCACAAGGUCUGUGACCAGUUCAAUCAGUUCCGGUUCCAGUCAUUCGGCUAUAACUCGAUCUUCGGCCCAUACUGACUCCAAUAACAGCUUUGUUAGUCAGGAUGACGUUACGGACGCAAAUGCGGUUGAGACCUACAUGGGGGAGCUGAAGAACGAUAAGCGGUGUGGGUUUGGAAUAGCCGAACGGUCAGAUGGAAUCAAGUACGAGGGGGAAUGGUAUAAUAACAAGAAGUACGGCUAUGGAGUCACCACUUUUAAAGAUGGUACCAAGGAGGAAGGGAAGUACAAAAACAACGUCCUUUUGACUACUGGUAAGAAGAAACACCUAUUCCUACUUCGGUCAACCAAGUUCCGUGAGAGGAUAGAUGGAGCUGUAAGUGCAGCUGCUCGAGCCUCCCAGAUAGCUCUCCAAAAGGCGGACAUUGCUAUAUCCAGAACGGCAACAGCUCGAGGAAAAGCAGAACAAGCUGAUAUUUCUGCAGUACAUGCCAGAGAAGAUUCUGACUUUGCCAGAUUAAUAGCCCAACAGUUCGCCCCAGAAUUUCAACAGUCAGGGAGUGAUGUGCUGAAAAUAAAACAAGAUGAGCAUCAGGAAAAACCAGAAAACAAUAUACGAAGACCGUCAACUAUACCGUCGAAUCAACAAACUCAACAGGUAUCCCAUACAAGUUACUUACCCCAAGUCAAUGUGCCUCAAGAAAACUUAGGUUCUAUCCAAAGUGGAAAUAUUCAAACAGAAAUGAUCUCUUCGGACGCUAUAACUAUGAAUAUUGAUCGUUAUGGUAAUAGAUCCGCUCAAGUUCCAGGCACAGGAAAUACCGCAGUUCGAGAACCACCUCAAAUCAACCAGAAUCCUGUGAGCUAUCUUGAUUCCUCAUGUGUACCUACGGGGAAUGAAACAUUCUCAAGGAAUCCACAAGGAUCUUUUCGAAACCAGAGAAGACAGAGCUUUAGAGAAAGAGAGGGCAACUACUCUAUUAACCCGGGAUUAUCUGAGCAUUUGGACCAAUAUGGUUUUGAGAAUACCAAUUUAAAUGUUAACUCGUAUGGUAGCCAAUCUGCUCAAAAAUUUAAUAUUAACAAAUCUAAGACUAUUCAAUCUCCUAUGAAUUUUUCACACAAUCCUAUUAUAUAUACUACGGAUUAUUCUCCUGACCCUGGAACUUUUGAAAGCAUGGGUAAUGCAGAUAUUUCUCAAGGAAAUGUGCCCCGACGGUCCACACUCCCAAACCUCCAUGCCGAAAACUUUGAGUGCCAAACUGAUACUAUACUUAAUAUCAUUUCUCCUAAUCUCAAUGAAACAAGUAGCAGUACUCGUUUUGCUAAUACUCAUCAAAGCGCAACAGAGAACAAAAUCUCAGAUUACACUCCUCAAAGAACUGCGUCACUUUAUCGUGGGGCAGCGAAAAAACAACCUCCGUCCCAACUCCAGCCUAGUAAACCUGCUGUUAUUAAGAGAAAGAAGAGCCUUCCUGAUAUACAGGCUGUAACAGUGAACGCUAAGGUAAUGACAAGAGCCGAGGUUUCUGAGCUAAGCUCACAAAGAAGAGAAGAAAUUCGGAGAAUGCAGAUUGAAGCCGAGCGACUUCGUUCUAAUCCGUUAUUGUAUUUGUUCAAUCCUGAUGUGAAGGCCUGGUUCUCGAAACAGCAGCUAGUUAUGUUGGUUCUGUUCGUCAACAUCAGCUUGGCCAUCAUGUUCUUCAAGCUCUUGACAUAAUCUUGAGCCAACAAAUCGCAAUUUUAAGUCCAGAUUCCACCGACAUGUAGCUACUGAAAUGAAACAAAAAGAAGCAGUUACUGUUUUUUUUUACUGCUCUCUGAUAUUUGUUUCCACUCUUCGUACUAGCAAAUGUGUGGAGCUUGGCCACUCACACAAGUAUGAUGAGAAUUAAUUAAAUGAACACAUUUCCAAGGAGAACCGUUGUGUGUGAUAUGAACAAGUGCUAAAUAUGAAAUUGUGUUUUAAUACAAACAACUUUAUAUUUAAGUUAAUACAUUAACCAGACAUAAAGAAUUAUAGAUUACAGUUAACAGUGUGUAACGUAAUUACAUAUAGUUUUAAAUCACCCACAAUCGAACUAUGUCAGAAAAUAUUCAUAAGGAAAAGAGGAUAUUUGAAUAUGUUGUUCUUUAUAUGCUGUGCCAUCUCGAAAAUUUCCCUUUUAUCUGAAACCGAAUCGAACAGAACAUCCUUUACUUCAACAUGAAGUCUUCUGACAGGUAGGUCUACUUACAGAUCAAUGAACAAAAUUAAUGUAAGUAGUAUCGUUGAAUCAGAUUGGUUGUAUUUCCUAUUCUAUAUUUGACGAACUGGAAACGAGAAGUGGUCAGAGGAAUUGACGAAGUAUGAUGGCAUUACUGGCGGGUGUUUAUCUUGUCUAUUGAGUACCGAAGACGACAAAAAGAUAUAACUAUAACUAUUUUUGAUUAUGCCCUCCUGUCUAAAUGUGUACUUUCAGUUAGUUCUGAAGCCUUUUUUUUUUGUGCUUUCGCAAAGUACGUUUAUUUCUGAAUGUGCUUGUACGGAAUGUUAUCUCCCUCAUGCGGUGAUUUUACUAAUUACUGACACUUUAUAGCCAAUCCAUAUCUGUUGUUAUGAUUUUAAACAACUCAUGUUCAAAGUGGUAUUACAUAUUUCCACAUACGUCAGGAAUUUUAAGUUACUAUUCUGUAACUAGUAGUGUUUUCAUACUUUUUUUUAACUAUUAAAUAAAAUAUAUUGAUACAUUUGAUCGUAAAGUUUUUCUAACAACCUGUUUUCUGUAAUUGAGAUGAUUGAUAAUUUUUAUGAUUCUCUGUUUGUAUAAUCAAACGUUUGUGGAACUGAUGAAUAACCAAAUAAAUAAAUGGUAGCUUCAUCAAAGGAACAAGAUCAGAUCAAGCCAACGUCUGAGUUAUUAAACCCAUCGUUUGUGUAUAGUGAUGUGAAAAUGCAAUUAAAGAACUU